CUGCAACACCGCCAAGGGUCUCGUGGCAGAUUCAGGACACGCACGCACAAAUUAAACCACAUAGAUCCAGUCCCGGACCUCUCCAACAGCAGCAAUCUAACCUCCUUCUGGGCUUUGCAAAAAUACAGAACGAAAUGUCAAUUCGAUCGGUGCUAGUCCAGCUGCUGCUGGUGAUUGCGUUCGUCGGAAACGCGCUCGCAAUCUCGGCCACGGGAUCACGACUGCUCGUCGUUCUUGAUCCGUCGCUCAAGGACGAGGACUAUUCCCUCUUUUUCUCGGAUCUCGACUCCCGCGGCCUCGAUCUCACAAUCAAAGCCGCCAACGACCCAUCCCUCGGCCUCUUCGAAUACGGCGAACGCAUCUACGACCACCUCAUUCUCACCCUUCCCCCUACGCAGAAAGCCCUCGGCCCGAACCUGCUCGCGAAACCCCUCCUCGACUUCUCCGCCGCAGGCGGCAACAUCGUCGUCGUCCUCAACGCAAACGAGCACGCGCUCGCUUCCGUCCGCGAAUUCGCAAACCAGCUCGACGUCUUCCUGCCCUUCCGCGACACAAAGCUCGUCGACCACUUCUCCUACGACAAAGAAGCUAGCCCGCUCCUGCAUGACGCACUCGUGCUUAGCCCCAACUCUUUGCUCGCGCCCGAAAUCGUCUCGCCGACUGCGGACGACGCUUCAAAAUUACUCUAUUACCCCGGCGGCUCGGCGUUUUCGCUCGGCAACAACCAGCUCCUCGUCCCCGUCCUCGCCGCGCCAGAGACAGCAUACAUCUACGAUCCGGCCGAGGAAGCCACCAAAUCCGAGACUCCCUUCGCGACCGGCUCGCAGGCGUUCCUCGUCGCCAGUCUGCAGACGCGGAAAAACACCCGCGUGACCUUCGUCGCCAGCAACCUCCUCUUCACCAACGACGCAUUCACCAAACCUGACAGCUUCAACCGCGCCUUCGCCGCCCAGCUCUCCGCGUGGACGUUUGCCGAGAAAUCAGUCCUUAGACUCGAGUCCGUCACGCACCGCCUCGUCAACAGCUCCGAGCUCAACCCGUCGAUCUACAGGGUCAAGAACGAGAUCGAGUACGAGGUCGAGCUGUCCCGCUUCACCGACGGCAAGUGGGCGCCGUUCUACGCCUCCGACGUCCAGCUCGAGUUCACGAUGCUCGACCCUUACUACCGUCUCACGCUGAUCCCUUCGUCAUCCUCCCCGUCCGCGCAGACCUACACCACCUCCUUCAUCGCCCCAGACCAACACGGCAUGUUCUCCUUCGUGCUAAACUACAAACGCCCAGGCCUCUCCUUUGUCGAAGACAAGCGCGUCGUCACACUCAGACAUUUCGGACACAAUGAGUUUGCGAGAAGUUUCGAGAUCCCAAACGCGUGGCCUUACGCCACUUCCAUCUUCGUCGUCGUCGCCGCCUGGCUGCUCUUUGUCGCGCUCUGGAUGUUUAGCGCGAAUAGCGAGUCGCCGUCCGUGAAGAAGACACAGUAGAUACAAAAGCAAAAUAGAUAGUUUAUUCACUUGUACGACUUAUAAAAUGAGAGA